CCUCCUGUCAACCAGAGAACCAGGAAGUACCCGGAUCCUAAAUGAAACAGCCACACGCGCUGCUGAGAAGUUUAUUCACCUGAUGAAGAUGUGUACUGCUGUGUGUGCCUUCAUCCUGUUGUUUUACAGUCUGAGCGGGUCCGCAGUGUCAGGACUCGUCAGCAGACCUUCUCGUGUCCGACUCACCUCCUUCAACAUGGACCUGGUGCUCAGGUGGGAUCCACCUGCAGGAGCAGAAGGUGACCUGAGAUACACGGCCCAGCACAGAGGUGUUUACACUCACAGAGAGUUGGAGUGGAUAGCUGUCUGUGUGAACGUGUCUCGCUGUGAGUGCGACCUGUCCCAUCUGCACAGUGCGUUUGGGACGUACGAAGGCCGGGUGAGGACACAGAGGGGGGAGGAGAGCUCUGAGUGGGUUGUGAGUGACAUCCUCACCCUGGACAAAGACACCAUCAUCGGAUCGCCCGCCGUCUCUCUCCUCUCUCACGGACAAUACAUAGAAGUGAGCGUGACAGAUCCAGAGUUCUCCAACUCUACACUCAGGACAGUUUACAGCUCCCCGACCUACAACAUCACCUACUGGAGGGAUGGACAUAAAGACCAGGCCAAAAGCAUCGCCAACAUCCAGCAGAACCCGGUGGUUUUAGAUGAACUGGACCCCAGGACUAAGUACUGCGUCCAGGUCCAGAUCCACACAGAGAUAAACCUAAACCCGAGCCAAUCCAGCAGGACUGUCUGUGAGAGCACCACCAACAGAGAGGAGGCUCCGUGGGCGGCAGCCGUGGCGAUAUUUGUCGUCAUGGCGAUAGCGAUGGCUCUGGUCGUGCUAACAGUCGUGUAUCGCAAAAGAAUAUCCCACUUUCUGUGUCCAAAAGUUUCACUGCCUCAGGACUUUGUGCACCUUCUGGCUCCACUCAACUCUAACAUGUACAGAGCCAUGCGGGACUCUAAAACACCUGAGGAGGUCUGCCACCCUGUGUGUGUGAUCGAACAUGACAGGAGUGAGGCAGAGGAGGGCCCCCUGCAGGCAGACAAACCUGAGGAGGAGGAGCGCCCCCUGCAGGCAGACAAACCUGAGGAGGAUGGGCGCCCCCUGCAGGCAGACAGGACUGAGGAGGGCCCCCUGAAUGCAGACAGGAAUGAGGAGCGCCCCUUGAAGGCAGACAGGAAUGAGGAGCGCCCCUUGAAGGCAGACAGGAAUGAGGAGCGCCCCCUGCAGGCAGACAGGACUGAGGAUCACCCCCUGAAGGCAGACAGGACUGAGGAGCGCCCCCUGCAGGCAGACAGGACUGAGGAUCACCCCCUGAAGGCAGACAGGAAUGAGGAGCGCCCCCUGCAGGCAGACAGGACUGAGGAUCACCCCCUGAAGGCAGACAGAAAUGAGGAGCGCCCCCUGCAGGCAGACAGGACUGAGUUGGAGGAGGACCCCUGAAGGCAGACACAAAUGAGGAGGAGCGCCCCCUGCAGGCAACAGGAAGCAGCUGCAGCACAGAAAGUGAUGUCACAGAGGGAGGAGGGGCUGAAUGGCGAGGGAAGUGUAACCCAGGUACAGUCUAACCAAUCGCAGACCCCAGCCUAACCAGUCCCAGGUGGACAUGUUAGCAGACUGAACUGAACGCUCAGAGUUCUCCUUUAACAUUUAGCAUAGCAGCAGGCUGCAAUACAGAACUCCAAAAGAGAAACUACAAAUCUAAGGCAGCUACUGAUUCAGUCAGUGUUGGACAUUUAACUGAAUUUUCUAAAAACCUUUUUUUUCUGUCUGUGUCUCAGUUGAAGACUUUCUAUAUGUUUUUUUAAUGGAAGAAUAAUUGUUGUUUACACUGUUGAUUUAUAUAAUUUCAAAGGAGACUGUGUCUCCAUGUAUGUGGUGUUCAAACAUUUAAACACACACACUACUCCUGAAAACUUCCUGAAAAUGUUCAGGUUAAGCUCCAUGUGUGAACACAAACAGACACAUUUUUUAUAAAGUAACAGUGGACCAGCUUACCCCCAUGUAGUAGUGGAGUGGUCUUUGAAGCAGUUACAGGCACACUUGUGUGGGAGAGGUCAAGGUAGAAAGGAAAAAAGGGAGUAGAAAACGCAAGUAAUGCCUGUGCACAUCAAUAAGACUGGCACGUGACCAUUGUCUCUAACAAGGAGCAUCCUCCGGUGUUGAAAAAUUAAGUCAUCCUGCAGUUUGUUGAGUGUCCGCUUGAGGCUGGUUGCGGGAACCCCAGAAGUCACAUACACACCACAUACAAAAAAGCCUGUUUUUACAGGUUUACAGCCUGGUACAAAGAACUAAAUAGGUCUGAUACACUAGUACAUUGAUGAAUAUUUCCUGCUGUGUUCUCACAUCAGCUCACCUCGAUUUCACACCAAAUAUUUACUUAGGGGUCUGGCAGGAGAAAGUCUGUGUAAAGUCGGUCGGAGUAAAAAAAAAAAAAAUCAUCUGUUUUUGUUCACACAAAAUUUCAGGAAGUAUUCUGGAGUUUUGUGCAAGUGUGAAAACAGCACCUGAUGUGCAGGUAAAGGACUGAUGCCUCGUCCAGGUGGAGGCGUCUGGGAGUUACUCUGAAUAUCUGUGCAAGAAAACCUGAACAUUGAACCUUUUAAAGAGCACCCUCGAUGAAACACUGAGGUUCAUGUUUACUGCCAGUCUGAAGGUUUUAUGAACAGAAAUAACUCAGUGAAACCAGGAGAGUGUGUGUGUGUGUGUGUGUGUCACAGCUGAGCCCUUCACGUGAUUCUGCAGCUCAAAGUUUACACACUGAGCUUGAAUAAAUAUUUUGAACAUUUUCAUUUCUUUCUGUUUGGUUAAAUCUGACUUUAAAGCUUUGACAAACAGAAUGAUAAACUAUUUUAAUAAUCAAUCGUUCUUUCUUUAACCAAACACACAUUUUGAGUCCCGCAGCUCGUCCAGAGAGAAGAUUUCCUUUUUCCGGACGCAGAGUGAAAUAAAAUAAAAAAAUGUUUCUGCAUAUUUAACUUUGAUCAUUAAGAGAUCGAACAACAAACUGAUGUCACAGUUCAGUGUGACCGCAGCUACUGAGGCGUGUGUGUGAGAGGAGUACUCUCACCCUUCUAUAUAGAAACUAUAAACAUAAAUAAACUAUUUACAGACAAUAAAGGGACUGUAAUCCUGGUUCUUUAUUCUCUUGGUUGCAGAUUGAGCUCCUUGGUGCUGGCUUCAUAAAUUAAUUUAUGUAUUUGAAAUUUCACGUGUUCCUUCCGCUUGGGCGACAGUCUUUGCAGGGAGGGAGCCAGGCUCCUGAGGAACAGCUCCUCGUCUGACGGAGGAGGGGGCUUAACACUGUGCUCUAAGUGUUAAAUUCAUACUGAUGGGUGGUCGCUCAGUCGCUGUCUCUUCCUCAGUGCUGUUUGAUGACAGACCAGGUUCUGUUUCUGUACAGACACAAGAAAAGGGUCAUGGCUAGGUAAUGUAAUUAAGGAUGGGAUCCGACGGAGUGGCAGCCUAUGACAUGCAGCUCUUUGUACUAUAUGUGUUUUUAGGAACUCAUUUAAGUAUUUUUAUGAACUCUUUUUUGUGCCUUAAUGUUUUUUACGUUCAGUGUUUCUUCUUGAGUGUGAAUAGCUGCUGAGACAUUAUAUGUCUCUGUAAAGGAUUAAAAGAGUAUCCAUCAUACUUACCUGGCAGGGGAGAUACCAUGAUCAAGAAGGUGGUUCACCCAUGGCGAGGCCUGGCCAUUGCACUCCGGCGGGGCUGACCUAUGCGAAUUCCCCAAAUGUGGGAAUCUCGACUGCAUAAUUUGUGGUAGUGGGGGACUGCGUUCGCGCUCUCCCCUGA